UCUAGAUCCAGUUGCUGCAGACAGGCUGUGUUCUACAGAGAGUAAGCCGCGACAAGUCCAUCGAUAUAAUAUACGCCAUGAAGAGAAAAGCGGAAAAGCAGCCACCUGCCCCAAUUAGUGCAUUUGCAGCGCGCAAAGCACGGCAACAACAGGUUGAAGUCGUGAUUCAAACAAAUCGGGGGCCAAACGAGUCGGUUGUAGAACCGCCGUCCAAAAGAGCGAGACAUUCCUCUGCGGAGGAUGACCCAGUGCAGUCCACGAAUGCUAAUGAAGGCGACCGGGUCACAAAAAGAGCAGUGCAGAGGCAGAAAGGGUCAAAAAAGGCUGUGAGGGCGACUCCUACUGCAGAAGGACGUGCAACAAAUGUUCCUCUGGAAUCUGCAGUCCAAGGUGUAUCGAGCCAACAGCCCCUCUCUGAGGGAGAAUCGGAUGAGGAGCUUGAUAGUACUGACGAGGAGAACGGUUCUGAUGGAAUCGGGGCUGCUCAAGGUGAUGACUAUAGUUAUGAAUCUCCGACAAGCACUCCUGCAGAAAUCCAGAACUUCCCCUUGUCAAAAGUUCGCUUGAGCAAAAAGAAUGUAGUUUAUAGUGAUGAAAAUGUUCUUUGUUUGCGUAUUAAGGAAAAGACGAAUCUAGCACUGGUCGGUCACUAUGACCUCUGGGUCAAGCGUGGAGUUGUUAGUUUGAUGGGGGCCAAGAUUCAUCCAUCGCCGAGACUCUAUAGGGUAUAUGCGCCUUCGACGCACUCGCUACCGGUCAUCAAGUGCGUCUCCGGCGUGGACGGUGAAGCAGAGAUAGAGAUCAGGUCCUGCCGCAGCGGCAUCCAUCGCCUGAGAGAUCUCUCCCCGCUUUACCAACGGAUAUGGAAAGGCGAGAAUUCAUAUCCUGAUAGAUUCAGCUUACGGGGGGUUUCAGGAGAUUCACGGCGGACAUUUUCGGUGUUGUAUACGUCCGCAGAUGACUCUUUGAAGCGCCACUUACGACCACUUCAUCUGGAGAAAAAAUGGAGUACUGCUAUGAAGGUUUUAUCUCAGCGCGGUGGUCAACUCAGAGUACUGAUAUGCGGACCGAAGGCGGCCGGCAAAUCUACUUUCAGUCGCUAUCUUCUGAAUCAUCUACUCAGCUCAGUUCCUGUCGAGGAUAAAGUAUACAGCAAUAAGGAUGGGGUAGCGUUUCUGGAUCUCGACCCAGGGCAACCGGAAUUCUCGACUAUGGGGCAAGUCUACCUCGCACACCUGCGUUCACCGUUCUUUGGGCCUCCAUUCACACAUCCAUCCUUGGACGGUUCCCAUGAUGGAACGGUCAUCCGUGCUCACCACAUCGGAGCAACGUCCCCGAAAGACGAUGCUGAUCACUACGUCCUUACUGCCAUGGAUCUCAUGGAUCGCUAUCGGACAUUGUUAGCGAGUUAUCCUCAGUGCCCAUUGAUUAUCAACUACCCUGGAUGGAUCUUUGGACAGGGUCUCGAGGUAGCUACAUGGCUAAUAAGAUCUUUGGGUCUGUCUGACGUGGUGUACAUGAGCGAGAAAGGGCCUACUGAAGUUGUGGGACCACUGGGUCAAGCUGCUCAGACAGCCAUGAUUCCCUUGACUAUUCUACCAUCUCAGCCAACGGACUUCGUGAGCAAAUCGAGCGCCCAGCUACGUUCGAUGCAAAUACAGUCAUAUUUUCACAUGUCACAUCCUACGCAAUUGCAUAAUCCAGUGUGGCUUGGGACGCCCAUAUCCCGCAUCAGACCCAUUGUCGUCGACUACGAUGGUCCCAAGCAGGGAAUUUUGGGUAUCAUGGUGAUGGGCUCUCAGAUCAGCCCGGAUCUGCUCCAUGAUGUGAUUGAUGGGGCUAUUGUUGGGGUUGUGGCCGUGGAAUCACCCAGUGCUGUUCUGGGAGCCGGUACAGAUGGACCACCAGUGGAAGCUUUCGGCUCAUCCGAUGAACAAGGAGAGACAGGACCAGGUGAAUCAGAGUCAGCACCGGAUCUAGAUGUCAACAUGGAUGUUUUACCGGAUACUGCGCCCCAGAACGGACAUCCAUCUGCUACAUCAGAGCGUGCCAUCACCAGAACUAUCAAGGAAAACCUCCCCUACCUCUUUGUCGGCUCUGGUAGCUCGACCCCUCUAGACCCCCGAGCUUCUCACUGCCUAGGACUGGCGCUGGUCCGGUCAAUCAACGUUGCUUCCCGAAAGUUGGAACUGGUGACGCCCAUCCCGAGCCCCAAGAUUGCAGAAUCUAUCAAGCAAGGUCACAGAAUCGUCCUCGUGCGCGGGCACCUGGAUAACCCUAACUGGGCCAUCAGCGAGGAGUACUAUGCCGCGCGAGCCGCAGAAAGACGGUACCAGCGAUCUCUUGCAAAGGCAAGAACGUCGGGAGAAGGACAAAAGAAGAACAAGGGUACUGAGGAGUCUGAUCAGGCCCGCCAGGCCAAGAUGUUAUCCAUUCUCCGAGAUAGGGUACAACGUGCUGGUAGUCAUGUUCCCUGGAUGAAGGUGAUGGACGACAGCGGCCGUCGACAACGCGAGGCAGCGCACCAGAAGAGACUGUGGAAACUGAAGAAGAGGGCUUACCCAGGCAGCGAAAGUGAGGCUGAAUGGUAAUUACCUAGUAGUUGUUAGCAACGACGGAGUUACCUCGGCCGAGAAGUGUUAAUUAACCUUCUCCAUAUGCUCCAGCAACAAUGGAUCCAUAGUGUACCUCGGCUAUAACCGUCUACAGUGAAAACGUUAUGGACUCCAUGGAAUCGGACUGCUCGGGUACCUAAACCACUAUGGAGCCCGAGCAACAUGUAAAUCUCUUCAGAUAGUUUAUUAUUAUUACUUAGGUAAAAGAGAAUAACCUGAUUAGACAAAAAGAAUUCCCAUCAAAAACCACGGACCUAGAUCAAAGCUGACGAAGCCUAAUCUAAU